GAUUACCCAUUAUCACCACCAAAAAUGCAAUUUACAUGUGAUAUAUUCCAUCCGAAUAUCUAUCCUGAUGGUCGUGUUUGCAUCAGUAUAUUGCAUGCGCCUGGUGUUGAUCCAACUGGCUACGAGACAAGCGCUGAGCGUUGGUCGCCAGUUCAGUCAAUUGAAAAAAUCUUAAUUUCUGUGAUUUCGAUGCUUGCUGAGCCAAACGAUGAGAGUGCAGCGAAUGUGAACGCAGCAAAGAUGUGGCGUGAAGAUCGAGAACAAUUCGAAAGAAUCGCUGACAAUUUGGUUCGUCAGACAUUGUGUCUUCCGACGAAUACGAGUGAAUAA